CACCGCAGCUUUGGAUGACUGCACUUGUGAACUUUCGCCUUUCUUUCCUUAAGGGGCGAAAGAGGCUGCAGGGAGCUCAGGCAGCCCUAGAGCUCUUGCCCCCUUACCCUCUUUAUCCCGACUCCUCCCCAGCAUGGCUCCCUACCCCUUCCUUGCCCUCCUCGUCUCCUUCCUCCGUUUUCUCGCCGCGACGGCCUCCGAGACGCACUACCAGCCGGGAUCGAAAGUCAUGCUCUACGUCAACAAAGUGGGACCUUACCACAACCCGCAGGAGACCUACCAUUACUACCAGCUCCCGGUCUGCUCGCCAACCCCCAUCCGCCACAAGAGCCUCACCCUGGGGGAAGUCCUUGACGGGGACCGUAUGGCCGAAUCCAUGUACGAGAUCCACUUCCGGCAGAACGUGGACAAGAAGAUCCUUUGUCAGAAGAAGCUUUCCCCGGAGGAGGUCGAGCGCCUCCGCCAAGCCAUCGAGGAGCUCUACUACUUCGAGUUCGUGGUGGACGACCUGCCGCUCCGCGGCUUCGUGGGCUACAUGGAGGAGAGCAGCUUCCUGCCCCACACCCACAAGAUCAAGCUCUGGACCCACCUCGACUUCUACCUGGAGUGGAACGGCGACCGCAUCGUCUACGCCAACGUCAGCGUCCGCAACGUGAAGCCCACCAGCUUGGACGACAUCCAGGGCGUGCUGCCCGUGGCUUACACCUACAGCGUCCAUUGGUCGGAGACCAACGCCGAGCGCCAGGGGGAACGCCGGGGAAGCCAUGGCGGGGACGACGGUUUCUUCCCUCACACCUUGGAGAUCCACUGGCUCUCCAUCAUCAACUCCAUGGUGCUGGUCUUCCUGCUGGUGGGCUUUGUGGUCGUCAUCCUCAUGCGCGUCCUAAAGAACGACCUGGCCCGCUACAACCUGGAUGAGGAGGCCUCUUCGUCGUCCUCCGGGGACGAUUUUGACCAAGGAGACAAUGGGUGGAAGAUCAUCCACACGGACGUCUUCCGGUUUCCACCCUACCGCAGCCUCCUGUGUGCCGUGCUGGGCGUGGGCAGCCAGUUCCUGGCCUUGGGCACUGGCAUCAUCGUGAUGGCCCUGUUAGGCAUGUUCAACGUCCACCGGCACGGCGCCAUCAACUCGGCCGCCAUCCUCCUCUACGCCCUGACUUGUUGCAUCUCCGGUUAUGUGUCCAGCAGCUUUUACCGCCAGAUCGGUGGCGAGCGAUGGGUCUGGAAUAUAGUGCUGACCACCAGCCUUUUCUCCGCUCCUUUCUUCCUGACCUGGAGCGUGGUGAACUCGGUGCAUUGGGCCAACGGCUCCACCCAGGCCCUGCCAGUCACCACCAUCUUCCUGCUGCUGACCGUUUGGCUCCUGGUGGGCUUCCCGCUGACGGUUAUCGGCGGCAUCUUCGGCAAGAACCGGGCCACGCCCUUCGACGCCCCCUGCCGGACCAAGAACAUUGCCCGGGAAAUCCCUCCCCAGCCCUGGUACAAGUCCACCGUGGUGCAUAUGACCAUCGGGGGGUUUCUCCCCUUCAGCGCCAUUUCGGUGGAGCUCUACUACAUCUUCGCCACCGUCUGGGGCCGCGAGCUGUACACCCUUUACGGCAUCCUCUUCUUCGUCUUCGCCAUCCUGCUGAGCGUCGGGGCCUGCAUCUCCAUCGCCCUCACCUACUUCCAGCUCUCGGGCGAGGACUACCGCUGGUGGUGGCGCUCCAUCCUGAGCGCCGGCUCCACGGGCCUCUUCAUCUUCCUCUACUCCGUCUUCUACUACACCCGGCGCUCCAACAUGUCCGGCAUGGUGCAGACGGUGGAGUUUUUUGGCUACUCGCUGCUGACGGGUUUCGUCUUUUUCCUCAUGCUGGGCACCAUCUCCUUCUUCGCUUCCCUCAAGUUCAUCCGUUACAUCUACGUCAACCUGAAGAUGGACUGAGCGGCCAUUUCCGUGGCUCUGCGCGGCUCGGGUGGGCGUGGCCGCCCCACGCUUUCCCCGCUGGCAUCUCCACCGAGCUCCGGGGGGAAGGCGGAACGACACAUCGGCUGUUUAUGAUUGGUUCCUUUCUCGGCUGACGUUUCGGGAGGGCGUCCCCGCUUACCGUCGUGGCCCUCGCGCAGUGGCCACCCCAAAAAAACGGGACAGGAGCGGCCUUACGUUCUCCCCUGCUGGUCAGGAAAAGCCACCAAUCGGCGAUCCACCUCCGACAAGUUUACCCAGUCGAAUACCUUUUCCCCUUUUUAAAGUUGAAAACUGCCUUCCUGCCUCAAAUGGGAUUGUUGAUUUUUUUGCCUUCCUGGCAACGGAUAGAAACUGGAAAUCUUUUGAGAUAUUCCAUUUUUCCCAGCAGUUCAAUGGAUUAGAAGCUACUACUGGCUCACACAUAUAUCCCUAAAUACGUUUAUUAUUAUUAUUUCCCCCCUGCUGACUGUCUCAUCAGUUCGAUGAAUAGAAGCGAGAUCGAGUUCAACACACCUAUUCCUAGAUAAUUUAAUUAUUUUUCUCCCGUCGAUUAUCCAAUAGAAGCUACAGCCAGUUCACACACAUAUCCCUAGAUAUUAUUAUUAUUAUUAUUAUUCCCCUGCUGACUGUCUCAUCAGUUCGAUGAAUAGAAGCGAGAUCGAGUUCAACACACCUAUUCCUAGAUAAUUUAAUUAUUUUUUUCCUGUUGAUUAUCCAAUAGAAGCUACAGCCAGUUCGCACACAUAUCCCUAGAUAUUAUUAUUAUUAUUAUUCCCCUGCUGACUGUCUCAUCAGUUUAAUGAAUAGAAGCGAGAUCGAGUUCAACACACCUAGAUAAUUUAAUUAUUUUUCCCCUGUUGAUUAUCCAAUAGAAGCUACCUUUCAUUCAAUAUACACGUUUCUAAAUAUAUUUUUUUUUUCCCUGUUGACUUAUCUGUCCAACAGAUAGAAGUUACAACUGGUUCACACACUUAUUUCUACAUUUUUUUUCACCCCACCCACCGGUUAUCUAAUCAGUUCAAUUGAUAAAAACUGCACCCAUUCCUAAAUAUUUUAUAAUCCACCCCCCCCCAACGCUGAGUAUCUGAUGAUUUGGUCCGAUACACAUAUCUAAAUAUUUUAUUAUUAUUCUCCCUGCUGACUCUUAAUCUUAUCGGUUCAACGGAGAGAAACUGCCACAGGUUCGACAGGCAUUUCUAGAGAGUUUAUCCUUAUUUUUCCCCUGUUGAUUAUAUAAUCAGUUCAACAGGUAAAAAAAAAAACCCUACAUUCAGUUCAACACAUCUCCCUUUCUUCUAAUGCAUUCCCUCUCUCCCUUCCAGGUUAUUCAGAUAACGUGACAAUAUUUUAAUCUCGUUUCCUCCCUAUUUUUCAGAUUUGUUCGGUUUUAGCAGGAGAUUUCCAGCCAAGUAUAAAUGGACCGGACAUUUUUUAAACCCAAAAAAGAGAGAAAAGGAUCAACAGGCUGAUCUCACACGGGUCAAACUAGAUCCCAAUAGCCAAGCAACGGGUUCGAAGUGCGGGAUUCAGGAUAAUUUGGCUUCGUUUGGCCCCUAACCCUUAAGGGGUUAGCUUUCCCAAGCUGGCUUCAUCCGGAAUAUUUCGAGUUUCAUACCGUUAAGGGCGGAUGGGAUUUGAAGUCGGAGAGCGAUUUCCUUCAGCUAAAUACUGUUUUGACAAACAGAUGUAAAAACUCUUGCUUUCUCACGAGAGUUUGACGAUUCCAGGAAAUGUGGAGGCUGCAUCCCCCCAAAAAUUGAUUUUCUGAUGAUUUUCUACCAGUUUCCUCGGUGACUCUUAAAUAAAUAAAGUAAUAAAUCAAUAAAGCCGUUUAUUCCAUGCAACUUUUAAAGGUUCACCGAUGAGAUUGGGAGAAAUCAGAUAGUUAAUCUUCAAGGAUUGGGGGGGGGGGGGCAACGUUUUUGAAAUUUGUAAAUAGUAAAGACGGGUGGGAAUUCAACUCAGUUGAAUUGAGUUGAAGUCCCACCCAUCUUUACCAUUGAAGUCCCACCCAUCUUUACCAUUCACAAAUUUGAACAAAACCAACAGUGGAUUUCUGUUGUUGAAUCUAAUUUGUCCUCCAAGCAAUUUUUUCACACUGUCCCGCCAAGCUGUUUUCCUUCCUCUUCCUCCCCUCCUUCGUACCAGAUUGAGAGCAAUCCUCCCAUCCCAUUUUCCCCCCCACCGGGAAGAGAAGAAAAUAUAUAUUAUAUUAAAGGGGCUGGGGGGGGGGAGAAGUAUAUAUAAGGAAUUAUGUAUAUUAGCAAGGAUUGAAGUUGGAUUAUUUUUUAAGUUGACGUCUCGGUUUUUGCGUUUCUUUUUACAGAUCUCAAAAAGUUAAUUUUUUAUUAAUAAAAAGGAAAUGGAAAAAUCCCAGGUUUUGGUGCUGAUUCUGGGCAUAUUUGUGUCUUCAGCCCUUCCAACAAUAGUUGUUAAAUCUGUUAUUUAGUGCUUCUUAAAACGGGGGAAAUGCUGGGAGUUAGAAAUCUAUCCGACGUCUUAAAAUCACCAACGCCGCUUAGACAGUUAGUCCCCGAACUUACGACAUUUCUGCAGCUAAGCAAGACGGCGGUUCAGUGAGCCUCGCCCCAUCGGACGGCUUUUCUCGCCGCCGUCGCUAAGAGAAUCACGGCGGCUGUUAAGAUAAUAAGGCGGUUGGUUGAGUGAAUCUGGCUUGGCAGAAGGUCGCCAGAGGGAAUCCUGCGACCGUCGGAAAUAUGAAUCGGUUGCCAAGGGUCUGAAUUUUGAUCCCAUGGCCAUACGUCGUAAGUGCGAAAAACAGCCACUUUUUCCCCCAACGCCGUUGUAACAUGGAUCGGUCCCUAAACAGGUGGC